GUCUGGAUGCGCGGUGCCAACAUUGAAACAGGUGGGGGAGGGAGGGUGGAAAAUAUGUAUCAGGAAAUGGUAUAUUACAACCGAGUGCAUGUGAAAACUAGAUUGUCCCAAUCUAUAUUGUCAAAGAUUGUAGCCACUUUGUUAAUAUAUAUGAAUUAAAUCCUGGAGAUAUUUUUAUAUUUUGCUCCAGGUAAUUGACGGCCAGUUCCAACUGUCUUUCCCGUUCCGCUUUCCUGAGCAAAAACAUAUGGUGUGCUUUUUUGCAUUUUGUUAUCCUUACUCGUACGAAGAAACCCAACAAUACCUGCAUGAACUGGACAACAAACUCAAAUCGAAGCCUAGCAAUGUGACAUCUUCCAUAUACUACCACAGAGAAUUGAUAUGUAAAUCUAUUGAUGAUCUUAGAGUUGAUUUGAUAACUGUGUCCUCGCAUAAAGGAAUUCUUGAAGAUUUAGAGCCACGAUUGGCUGGAUUAUUCCCAGAUUUGCAGACAAAACGGGCGAAUCGGUUUAGCGGAAAAAAGGUAAUGCAGUGUCGGAAUUAAUAUGAAAUAGUUUUCUGAUCUCUGAGGAUGAUUUGUAAUAGCAAUAUAUAUUUCUCACACACAGCUGGGAGCUGCUGCAGCCAACUGCCACAAGCUUGACAUAUUUAUUAAUUAACCAACAGUAACACAGCUAAAAUAUUUAAUACAUACAACAACAUAUCUUAGAAAAAAUCCCACAACCAGUUCUUAAUGAAAACAACAUAUUAUAAAUACUUUUAAGUAUCCAAAAAUGCUUCGGGGGUGUGGGAAGCAACAACAAAAUGUGCUUCCUCAACCUGCACCACCUGAUUAUAAAGCAGGCGCCCAGCGCAGUGUGUGAGAAAACAUUUUCUGCUUCUUAUGUUCCUCAACCAGCAGAAAAUUAUACUUUAUAUUCCAGGUAUUCAUAUUAACAAGCCGUGUGCAUCCAGGCGAGACUCCUUCCAGUUAUGUGUUUAAAGGUUUCCUCGAUUUCAUAACCCGUGCAGACGACCCAAGGGCAGCAGCGUUGAGAGACAGAUUUGUGUUCAAGCUUAUACCAUUACUCAACCCUGAUGGUGUAAAACGUGGUCACUAUCGCACGGAUCAGAGAGGGGUUAACCUGAACCGUGUGUACCUCGACCCAAGCCCAGAACUCCACCCAACUAUUUUCGCUGCCAAGUCUCUUAUAGCAUACCAUUACAAUGGUGCAACGUCAUUGAGUGAGGCAGCAGAUGAUGGGCAGGUCUUGACGUCAGUUCAAUUUCCAAGUUGUGAGGUUCGAGGCGUGCACGCAAGUAACGAGGCUUCCUCUGUUUCUCAAGAUAACAUGUGCUUGCAAGAGAAUUCUACAGUUGCAGUAAAAGUGAGUUGUGAAACCAAGGAUGAACACAGAAUGGAAAAUCAAGAUGCAUCAGGCCAGAUCCUUCUCAAAGUAGACAACAACAAAACUGAGCAGAAUUGUUCCCAUGUUGAACUAACCAAUGACAACUCAAACCAAGCAUCAUGUAAAACAUCUUCAGCUAGUCAGCUCCUAACAAUAUCAGACAGCAAAGGGCAUGGCUGUAUCGUAAAAAGGACAGAAAGUUCCGAAAGCAGCGACUCUGCUUGUGACAAUGCUCAAAACGGUGAUUGUAUUUCGGACAAAAAUUCUAUUAACGUUAACCAUUCUGGGUCAAACCACUCAACUUUAUCCGAGGGUGAUAGCCUCGUGGACAAUGCUAGUAAUCUAUGCAGAUCAAGUCAAUCCAAAAACAACGGGCAAAUUGAAGGAUAUAUGUGCAGCACAAAGGUAUCUAAUGCACACCACCAAUCAAAUUGUGAUAGAUAUUCUUCAGGGGAAUGUACUACAAUGGGAAGUGUUGCAGAGAGUGGCAAUGGUCAAAUACUUUCAGCACAAACUACAGCACAUGACUCGAACUCGAACAAAAACCUAUCAAGUAUGGCUGGUGAUAGUUAUGUGACAGAGGGUAGCUCCAAGGACAGUAGUGACGCCGGGGUGUCAAGCCAGAGCCACCAAGUCUCAAGGGAUGAUCCCUCGAACACUGCUGUAGGUUCUACAUGCAAUUCUGACCCUGCUGAGAAUUCACAAGAGCAAACUGGAUCAAGUCAGUCGCCGGAUACAAGCUACAGUGCAACGCAAUCGACCGACGAAUCGGAUUUUAUUCCAUGCACAAAUCGUGUUAGUCAACCUGGAAAUGACAUAGACAGUGGUGAAUCAUUGCCACUGAAUUACAUACAAACGAAAGAGAUAAAUGUUACUGUAGAUAAUGUGAAAUCAGUUGCACCCUCAGCUGCUCAAGCUAGCGGACUUGAGGCAAUCAACACUGCUCAGAAAGGUGCUAACUCGCAUACAAUGGUACAAGCACAAAACUCGGAGAAUAAACAAUUAGACAUUUCAGCUAGUAAGGUGACUGAGGGCAAGUUAGAUGCAACCGACACUAAGUUAGCGUUUUACGUAGAUCUGCACGGACAUGCGUCAAAACGAGGUUGUUUUAUGUAUGGAAAUUAUUUUGAAGAUGAAGAAAGUUACGCGCAGUGUAUGUUAUUUCCGAAACUUAUUUCUAUGAAUUCCAGCCACUUUGACUUCACCGCAUGUAAUUUCACUGAGAAGAACAUGUACAGCCGUGAUAGGCGGGAUGGCAUGUCUAAGGAGGGCAGCGGACGUGUAGCUGUAUACAAGAUGACUGGUUUACCGUACUGGUGAGUUUGCAAAGUUUUCAAUGAGUGGUUACCAUCACUGGUAUUUGUAGUCGUGGUCACCACGCUUGCUUUUCAAGUUGGAAGACCCGGGUUCAAAGCUUAGUCGGACCUCUACUCAAGAUCUUCAAAUAAUUGAGGAGAAAGUGCUACCUUUACAUUGACAUCAGUAAAUGGUUAGACUUUCACGUAGGAUCGCCUAUCAAUGGGGCAAUAGCCUGUUGGGAAGUCCGACCAAGGAUUAAACCCAGGUCUCUCAGCUUGAAAGGCAAGCGUGGUGACCAUGGCACCACAGGAGGUGGGGCUGGUUGUAUAAAAGCCCUAUCUACAUUUUAACUACUAACCCGUUUUUGUAGUCAACUCUAAAACACGCGGUCGUGAUUGGUUAACUUUUGCACUAACUUGGUCUGUUGUAUCAUGUGUAACAACAACAUUUUGUUUCUACUUCAUCCAGCUACACAUUAGAAUGCAACUACAACAGUGGUCGAAGCACGAACGUCGUCCCACCUGCAACAUGUGACGGCGGACGUGCAACCCCGCCACCUCCCCCCGGAUUCCCACCACGUUAUACAACUGAAAUGUACGAAGAGGUGAGUUGCGGAGAUUUUAGCCGGUGGGUGAAGAUGCGAAGAUUUUAGCCGGGGGUGAAGCCAAACGAAGUCGCGGAACUUGACUUAAGGUUAACCUAAGUUAUCCUUCCCGGUGAUGGAGGUUAAUACUCCACAUGAAAGUUCAGCAAGUGAUUUGACUAAUUCCCUUAAUUAAACACAGCAGUACAAAUUGUAUUAUUUACACUGUUCUGAAGGCUUACGGACCGAAGGUUAGCGAAAUAGGCAGGUUUCUCACAAAAUAGGACAAUUUCCCUACAAGUUGUCAUCUCUACACGGCCGAGGACACAAGCAAUAAUAUUAAAGCCUGCGUGUCAUAUUCUUUAUAGUCUAAUUACAGCUCAUGAUUACUUCAGGUCGGCCGUGCCGUGGCUAUUUCAGCAUUGGACAUGGUGAAUGCUAACCCCUGGUCGAGGUUACCGAUGUCAGAACACAGCUGUUUGGACGGUGUGAAGAACUGGGUUUAUCGAUAUAUUAAAACAAGUAGGAGCACGUCAUUUGUGGCCAAGAGGACGGCGCGAACACUUGCAAAGACGUCAAGGUAAUGGUAAAGAGCAUGCAGAAAUGGACUUAAAAUCUGCAUCUCUAUCAUUCUUACGUUGUCUACCAAUUCUUACUCACCAAUAGAAAGUCGAAGAUAUAAAAAUUGAAAUGUCGCCAUAUUUUCUGUGUUCUCAUUUUAGUUACACAACCGCAAGUUGUCCGCCAAUCCGUGGCGCUGCUGUGGCUGGCAAAGUCAGUUUCACAAACAGUGAUGUGUUGCUUCAAGCCGCGAGUGAACAUGCGGGAAAUGGCAAGAACCAAGAUGGACUAGGUAUAGUACCAUAGACAAUAAGUUUUUAUCGUGCAUAUUUUGUGAACAAAUUUCAAGUUUGAAAGAUCGUUAACUCAUUGAGUGGCAGCACUCUCCUUUGACGUGCUAAAUCGUCUGGCCUUAGACAUAGUAAAAUAAUAAAGUAGGGCGCAUCAGAACACAUUGCCACUUUAAGGGUACAUAACUGAAUACAUAGGCAGAUUGUCCGAUUUAACCCAUUGGGUGGCAACACUCUCCCCUUGGCGAGUAAAAUCAUCUGGCGCUAGACAGAGUAAAAACGUCUGGCGUUAGAUUGUAAAGUAAAAUUAUGAAUAAAUAAAAUUUUCUGAUUUCUUUAAAGGUACCUCUACUAAGCAAUGGCCAUCAUUCAGUCGCUACUCAUCGGACAAGAAGGGCUUGAAUUCCUCUAGUACUGCGUGUACCCAAGUGAGAAAUACACAGGUGAGCAAGUUCUGACUUCAUCCUUGCAUGUACCAACGCAUCCCUCAACAACCAUGAAGACAUAUGUAUAUUGAACCAAUCAGGUAACGCCACACCCGGUAAACAACCAAUGAGAUAACUCCAUACCUGGUAAUGAACCAAUCAGACAUCUCUUUACCAAGCAAUGGACCAAUCCGAUGCUUCCAUACAUUCUUUUUAGAUAAAUCCGAAGGUGAAAGAGCAAGGCAGGAAACGGCUUGAUAUGGCUAAAACGGUGAAUAAAAAGAAAAUAAAUCAUGAAACGGGAUUAAGGAAAACCAAACUCAUAUCGUCUCUGUGGCUAACAGUACUUCCAGUUUGACUUUUACCACUGAACUAACCAAACCCACAGGUUUUCUCGGUUUCCUCCUGUAGUAACACUGGAUCAAUAAGGGAGAGUACAUACUGGACGUCCAGAAAGAACCCUUUAAAACAACCUAGAACAGAUAGAGAUAUCCAUUCUGAAUAAAGUUAGUCCAUUUGACUCCUUUAUUUAUACUUUUUCAGACACCUUUACUGCUACUUUCAAACACCGAUAGUAAUCCAUAUCACUCGAGAGCAGAGCGGACUGAGAGAGUGUAAGUACCACUUCAUGUUUUUACAAAAUCGAAGAAAUGGUUUGUGGCUAUAAGGUACCCCGGACUUUGGCAUGCCUUAUACACCCUUUUCAUAAAUGGCUGCCGAUUAAAAAUUCUGUUAUGUGCAUAUAAAUUGGCCCACUAGCCUCGUACUCAUGUUAAGAUUUCAAAGGAAUUUCUACCCAGAAGCGAGGCUAGCUGGGCCAAUUUAUAUGCACAUAAAAGAAUUUUUAAUCGGCAGCCAUUUAUGAAAAGGGUGUAUAGUCACGGUCGGUGGAUCUACUUUUCAAAUCUGUUUUAAAUGAUUGCAGUGAUGCCCGCUAUAUUGCAUCGGUCACCUUCGCGUGUUAAGAGCAAAUGGAUAGAAGGAUAAUAAUCCAUUUGUUCUCGUUCUUUUAGUGACCAACACAUGUCACUAACGUGCCUGGAACGCCAGAAGUCGAGUGUUAUAAAGAAACUACGUGAAAAUGUCGCCAAUACGAGAUUGGAAGGUCAGGUGCAAGACGUGAAUGGGAAUUAUGCCGGCAACGAUUUGGAACGUAGACAUAGCAAGUUGCGAAACACCAUGGCUAUUAAAAGUUUUGGUAUGAAUAUUACUCCUGGUUGUUUGGCUUGUGGACUUUGUGUCGUGUUCGUGUACUUCGUGUUCGUGUUAUUUCGUGCUCGUUUUAUAAAAAUGAUACUAGUUAACCCAGUUAUUAUUCAUAUUCAUUUCACAGAUUGUACCAAGGUUGUUGACUCAAAAAACGAGAGCAUAGGGUAUGGAUUUUUUUGCAUUGAGUAGUAUGUUCUUGCAGGCGAAGAUGUUAUUUAUCUGAAUGUGUUUUCAAUAGUUUUGUUAGUAAUAAAAAGACUACCAUUUAUUUAGAGCUGAGAUUCCAGCGAAAGAUAGCAGCAAAAUUUUAAGAAGACCAAUUUUAUCUCGAAGAAGAAAAUCAAAACGAAUAAUUCAAAAGGUAACUCGUCGUUUUCUUCCAUUCCGUAUAAAUCCUUCUAAAUUCUGUCCAGUUUUUCCUUCUUAUUCAUCUGUGCGAUUUUUCAUGCAGUGUUCUUUAUACUUUCUUUUUUUCGGGCCUUAAUUCGUGAACAUCACAGUAGAAGUUUUUGUAUCCGUCUUUCCUCAGUUCCUGCCUUCUUUGUUUCAUUCCGGAGCAUAUCGACCAUUCUUCAAGGCUGGUUUACACUGUCAAAGUUUCUGUGAUCACAGUAGGAAUUUUGCAUGGGUAAAUUCUAACUUUUGAAGGAUUUGUAAGAAAUGUUUGAGCAAACUGACGUAAUGUUUAACAGUGAAUCAGUUCCCUCAAACAUAUUUCUUCCGCAAAUCCUUUAAAACUUGGAAUUUACCAAUGCAAAGUUCCUAUACUGUGAUCGCAAAAAUUUUGACAGUGUUAUUCUGUUUGUCUCUAACAUAUGCAGUCGCUGUUUUUCCCCAUCGUCAAUCCUGAAUUAUGAGUGCGAGUAUAGUGUUGAAACUGCAACCAUAGAUUUUUUUCUCAUUUGCUAUAGGAUUCAAGAAGGAUGACGGGUGAUCUCGUGGGUGUUAAGUCUUUGCCACAUAACGACGUCCAAUUAAACAAUCCUUCACAAGUCAGCAUGUGAUAUAGUUGAUGUGUGGAAAGUUUAUAACGUGUGUGUUCUCGCGUGCGUGCUUUGUGUGAUAGAUUUCCGGGAAGCACCAGUACGCGUAAUAGAAUUGUAAGCGAUCCACGAUCGGAUGGCCAACAUAUAUAGACUGCAGUUGAUCAACGAGAUCGACUGAAUAUAUUUGUGACUGUAUUUGCAGUGCAGAUGCGCGUAUGGCUGUUUAAUCGUCUCUGUAUGAAAUUUUAAUUUCAUAAAAGAACACGGACAAAAAUAGAAUAGCGCUAUUAGCAAUAGAGAAAGCUUGCAAUAUAUUCAAUGUUUACAUAUGCAUAUAAUAUAUUUUUUAUACAUUUUAAGAAGAGUGUAAAGUUUAACAAAAUUGUAAUAAAAGUGUUAUUUAUACGUGCAUCCAGCUAUCAUUUCAUUCAAAGGCUUUCAGGAAUUAUUGUGGAGGGCGAGGCGGAGUGGGGGGGGGGAGUGCCCACCACUGUCUCACACAUAUACAUCACAAGGGUCGGUGACAUACGGCUGUUUGACGCACAUUAUUCUGUUUCUAUCAUUUCCCUUCCACCUUGCCAUACUGUAGUGACAUUCCGUGUCUUUAAGAAACCAGAAUUCUACCCUUUUCUUACAGAGGAAGCCGAAUAAAUCCCGAAGGCCCAGGUUAACCUGAGCAUGCUUUAAAUCCAGUAAUCUGCUCGCCAGCGCCCAAUUAGGUUGUGCUGUUAUUCCACGUUCCCAGUAAAAGUCGCCUCCAGGCCCUAAACCGCGCUUACCUAAAAGACAAAGAGAAAUAUAUUGAGCUUGAAAAUGUGAAAAUCGUGAUUUUUUCUGGUUUUCUCUCACAGGGAAAGUUGACAGGGUGGGUUACGAUAAAC